UUCAGGUGCUCCACCAACCUUCCUGACCUCCUCGCCCUAUACAUAUGUCUACAGCACUCUCUCCAGCCCACGCAUCGUUCGUCGAGAGCGUAGAGUACAGCACGAUGGCGCCUAGCACUCGUAGGGCCAAUGCCAUCCUCGUCGUGGUGAUGCUCCUCGCGGCUGCCAUGGCAGCGCUGGCAGCCGACGUGCUGGUCGCCGAGGCGGCGGCUGAGGUGUCGUGCGGGGACGCGGUGAGCGCGCUGAUCCCGUGCGGGUCGUUCCUGGUGGGCGCCGUCGCCGGGGCGCCGAGCGAGAGCUGCUGCCGCGGCGCGCAGGGGCUGCGGAGGACGGCGGGCACGCCAGGCGCGCGGCGCGCGCUCUGCAGGUGCCUGGAGCAGUCCGGCCCGUCCUUCGGCGUGCUCCCGGACCGCGCCCGGCAGCUACCCGCGCUCUGCAAGCUCGGCAUCUCCAUCCCCGUCAGCCCCCACACCGACUGCGACAAGUAA